AUGGCUGCAAUGCUCGAGUUCCGGACUCAAGGGUUCAAUCCCUAUGCGGUCAAAUACUCGCCAUAUCACGACUCCCGCAUCGCCGUCGGAACCGCCGCCAACUUUGGCAUCGUCGGAAACGGCAGACUCUUUGCGCUUGCGCUGACAGCGCAGGGAAUCCAAGUUGAGAAGACAUUCGAUACGAACGAUGCAAUCUAUGAUUUGGCCUGGUCCGAGAUCAACGAGAACCAGCUCGUGGUUGCUUGCGGCGAUGGCUCCCUCAAGCUCUUCGACAUUGGCGCAAAGGAGUUUCCCGUAAUGAUCUUCCAUGAGCAUAACCGCGAGGCCUUUGCCGCCGCCUGGAACCCCGUCACGAAAGACACUUUCAUCUCCAGCUCCUGGGACGGAACGGUCAAAAUUUGGUCGCCUACUCGUCCCUUCUCCAUCAAGACCCUGCCCAUCGGCAGCUGCACGUACAGCGCAUCCUUCUGCCCCUCCAAUCCCGCCCUCAUCUCCGCAGCCUCAUCCGAUUCCCACCUGCGGAUCUUCGACCUGCGAAUGCCCUCGUCCGCGAAAUACCACCUCGCCGCCGCCGUCCCCGUGCACGCGCCGCCCAGCCACCCCGGGGCCAUGCCCGCCGGCGGGCCGCCCUCCGAGAUCCUCACCCACGACUGGAACAAGUACCGGGACACCGUCAUCGCCACCGGCGGCGUCGACCGGCUGAUUCGGACCUUUGACAUCCGCAACCCCAACGGCGGACCGCUGUCCGUCAUGCACGGCCACGAAUACGCCGUGCGCAGGCUGGCGUGGAGUCCCCAUGCGAGCGACGUUUUGAUCAGUGCCAGCUACGACAUGACGGUGCGGCUGUGGAACGACGCCUCGAGCCAGCCGCAGGGACCUGUUCCUACUGCUCAGCCCGGCGCGCAGAUGGGUAUUAUGAAUAGGCAUACAGAGUUUGUCACCGGCGUGGAUUGGUGUCUGUUUGGUGCUGGCGGCUGGGUGGCCUCGGCUGGUUGGGAUGAGAGGGUUUUGCUGUGGGAUGCUAAUCUCUUGAUGCAUCCACGGUGA